UUUGUGUGGUCAUUGCGAAUAUUUAUUCCUGGGUUGUGGAGGUUAUCUAUGUAUUCAAGUAUGUAUAUCGUCGCUUACUGUCCAUAAGUACAAGCUUUGCUUAGUUUGGGGCUAGGUCGAUCUGCGUAAGAUUGUCCCCAAAAUAUUUAUUUAUUGUUGCAGAGCUAUGCGUGAAAGCCAUGAACAGUUUAGCACGCUCGGGCCUUAUAACAAUGGAUGAGGCCAGCUGCAUAGAAUCCACUGAAGCUGGUCGCUUGAUGUCCUUGUUUUACAUGGACGUGGAAACCAUGAAGAAUAUUAUGAAGAUCGAAGGCUCAGAAACACUCGAACGCCUCCUGUGGAUUGUCUGCGAAAGCCACGAACUUGCGGACAUGCACCUCCGCGUAGACGAGCGGAGGUGUCUUAACCUAUUAAACAGGAAUAACAAGGCACCAACAAUCCGAUUCCCUAUGAAGGGAAAAAUAAGUACUAGACAAAUGAAGCUGAAUUGCAUCAUCCAGGCUACUUUAGGAUGUCUGCCCAUUCCCGAACCAGCGUUGAACCAAGAAGCUUUAAAAGUCAUGAGAACGGCAUCCAGGGUUUGCAAAUGUUUAGUGAAAUACGUAACACGUCCAGAACUUCCCCCACAACCUCAGACAUUCUCAGCCGUGUUGAACUCGAUCAUACUAUCUAAAUGCAUCGAAGCACAUCUGUGGGAGAAUUCCCCUUACGUCAGCAAGCAGCUGAAAGGCAUUGGACCUACGUUCAGUACGCUCUUGGCCAGUGCUGGAGUAACAAGUUUUAUGCUGUUGGAGGAAAGUCAUCCUAGAGACUUGGAAAGGAUAAUGAACAAAGGUCCACCAGCCGGAAACAUAAUACGAAAGCAAGUCAGCCUCCUACCGAAAUAUCAAUUAACCGUAACACCAAUCGACGCCCGAUCAGUAACCAUCCAUCUGAUGUUGCUAAAUCACAAUCAUCUGUCUGAGAACAUGGACCAGCUUACUGCGGGGGACAGCCAUAAGAGUUACUUGAUCGUUGGGGAUUCGGAGAAUUAUCUGUUGUUGCUGACUCAAUUCACUGAUAAGGACUUCAUAAGCGUCUAUGAUGGAACAAUGAAAUACGAAGUUACAAGAAAACUCCAAAAUGAACAUAAAAUAUUGAUCCACUGCGUGAGUUCUGUUAUUGUUGGCAUCGACGUGCAAGCUGAUUAUUUAUUUCUUGAUUUGGAAUCGCAAGCACCACGUGAAAUUGACCAUGCUCUUUGGCCUAAUUUAAACACAUCCAGGCCAAAUAUUUCAAUAAGGCAAACUGCCAUAACAGAUGUAUAUAAAGAAAGAAAGCGGAAGAACGAUUCUGACAUUACACAAUGUAAAGAAAAAAAGAAACGUGAUUACACUUUGACACAAAAACUUAAUGCACUAAAAGAGUCGUUUUGUAAAACUUCGAAGAUAUUGAAAACGGAUAUAGAUAAAUCAGUAGAAAUGUCGAAUAAAGUUAUACAUGACCUACUGGACAGCAAAAAUAGGCCCCGAUUUCCAGAGAAUAGCCAAAUAACCAUUGAAGCGGCUGAUGAAUUUCCUACAGUUGAUCUCACAAAAGGCAUUAUAGAUAGUUCAAAUAAUAGACCCAGCUUUCCAGAAAACAGUCCAGCAGUGAAGUAUCCAACUGUAGAUCUCACUAAAAAUGUAAUAGCCGACCAAUUGGAAGAAAUUACAAUCAAUGACAACGAUGAUUACAUAGAUGAUUUACAGAUUGACAGUAUAUUGAGCAAGAUAGAAUCUGAAAUUUCAGCAAAUGAUCCUAUUUCUAAUAAUAUGCAAUAUAAUAAUGUCCUUGAGACUAAUAUUCCGACGCAGUCCAAUAUACACUUUAAUGCUAAACCAAUGCCGGAAGCUCAAAAAGUGGAACUCAAAUAUAGGAAUAUGAAUAACACACAAAAUUUGGCAAAUAAAUCCAGCCGAUGUGCUAGAGACUUGAAUAAACGUAAAAAAAUUAAAUCCAAUUUCAGUUUCAUGGAUAAAAUAGAAAAUAAAGCGAAUACUGCUGAGGACAGCAUUGAAAAAAAUAUUGACAAAAGCAUUGAUAGUGGAUUUUCUGAUGCAAUUAAAUCUCAAAUAAAUAAGUUUUUACAGCGGGCACAAAAUACAACUAAACCUAAAAUACCAGUAAUAGAUGAUCUGCUUGAUAAUUCAAUGGCCCAAGAAAUACCAGAAGUAGUUGACGGUUAUAGACAAGAAAAUACUAACACUACUUGCAGCAAAUCAAACAAUGAGGUACAAUAUGGCGAAAUUAAAAUUCAGGCUAAAGUCAUGCCACAUGAUGUUGAUAAACAUGAACAACCUGAUGUAAAUGAUGAAAACUAUGACUUCGAUGAAAAUCUCGACUUGCCAGAAGUAAAUUUAAAGACUGUACAAAUUAUAAAAUCCAAUCAAUAUGAACAAAAACAUGAUCAAAACUUCGACAGUACAACUGUAGAAUAUGACAAAAUGGAUAUGAGUGACAAUCUACAAGAAACUAAUAAGCCUGACGAUAGUAAUGAUUUUCACGCAAUAUAUCCAACUGUGCCGCUAAAUACUAACUUGAAACAUAAUCCCAUUACAAACCAAAACCUUGCGCUUAGUUCUAACAUUACGAGGGAUAAUAGCAUACCAGUCAAUUUAUUGCAAACUACGGGAAUGAAUGAAUCAGAAGAAGAAAAUUUUAACUCAGAAAAAGAAAAUUUUCACCCUUUGCUAACUUUAGAACUGAAUCAAUAUGCAGAAAACCAAGCACAUACUAUCAGCAUUGGUUUAAAUGAAUCUGAUCAAAAAAGUAUUACAUAUAAGAAAACUGGCAUCCAAGAAAACAAAACAAUUGAAGAAAGAAAAAGUUGUAAUCUAAGCCGUGAUAUGGUUACGCCGUUACAUAAAAACUUGGAACUCAAUCCAGUUACACUUAAUCACGAUAGUCCUAUGAAAAUUGUUCCUAAACGAUGGGAGUUUACAUUAAAUAAACAUUUACCAAUUCAGACAUUGGAAACUGUAUCUAACAAAACUGCUCCUGUGGGGUUGCCAGAUGUUAGUGACAAGAUUUUGGCAACUUAUAAACCCAUAGAACUUAAUAAUUUUGAGCAAAAGAUUAUGACUAGUAAUCGAAUGGACAUGCAAAAUAAUAUACAAAAAAGUAAUACACCUAGCCAGAGGAUUGAUUAUGACCAAACUCCACAGCUGAUCAGGACUUGGAACACAAUUACACAUUCUAACGAAAGUCUGAAAAACAUAGCAUAUGAUAUUUCUAACGUUAAUUCGUUAGAAACUAUUACCAAACCAAAUGUUUCCAAUAAUGCUCUGAUACCAUAUAAUCACAGUGUUGAAACUAUCGGGGAAAGUCAUAGUCAACGACCAACCAAGCUGAAAUCUUUUAUAACAUAUUCUGAUUAUCAAAAUGAAUUUGGUCAAGAUAUCAAUGAUUUGCUUGCUGGCAGAAUAAUGAACCAAAAUAAUCAUCAAAGUGGUCCAUCAGACUAUGGCGCAACUAACGCCAAUCUGGUUUUAACAGACCAAAUGAGACCUAUAGAUCCUAGUAACGAUUUAGUAAGUAGAUUUAAUAUGAAACCUAUGAGGAGUAACGAAAAUUUGACGAGGAAUAUCAAUCGAUCUUGUGAUUUUUACAAUGUCCCAAGCAUAGGUAAUAAAAAUUCAUGCCCUUCGGAUACAAAACAAGUUAAGCAAGAAAAGCAUGAAGAUUCAAACAAUCACAACGAAACCUACUUUAAACGAUUCUCUUACACUGCAACAAAAGUAGAUGUCUGCACAAAGAAAUAUGCUCCCGACCAUGAACUCCGAAUUACAAGAAAACUAAAGUUAAAUGUAGAUGUAACAGAAAUAAUGAAACAGAACAAUACCAAUCAAACCAAUGAAGGAUAUAAUGGUAAUACUUAUAAAGAACACGAUGACAUGAAACCUAAACAAAACAAUGACAAUGUAUGCGAAAAUGUCACUACAGAAGAUAUGACUAAUAAAAAUUACGUCAUUGUAAACAAUAAACCUGAUCUAAAUGAAAAUAGUAACGCAAGAAAGAGUAUACAAGAAAGUAUCAAAGAUAAACCAAAGUAUUCAGCAACAAAUAACAGUAUAGGGAACAUUUUACAAAAAUAUAGUCAAAAAUUGGUCAAACCUGAAACGCCUACACCAUCUUCUAGCAAGCUUAAUAAUACAGCUGACACCACCAGCGCUAAAACUAUUGAGCACACCGUACCCAAAUCCAGAAAACCAUUUAAAAUUACCGAUAUUAAUGGAGUAGAGAUGCCUAUAUCUCUCGAUUUGACAUACAGCAAUAAACCAGUUGUUAAUAGUCAGAUCGAAUCUGUUGCAACAGCUAAAAGAAUCAAAGAUGAAACCAAAGAAAAUUUACAAUUGUAUAAGUCAGAAGAUAUUAAUGUGGCCCCUAAAACUAACUACAACAAUAAAACAGUUGACUACAAUCAAUCUUUCGAAUCACCUAUUUCGGUGCACAGUUUAAAAUUAGACUCAAUAGAAGAUAUAAAGAACGAAAAUAUAUUCAACGCCAAACAAGAUAUGAAAGACGAAAGUAUGUUUAAUCCAAAAUUACUAUUACAAUACUGUACUGAAAGUAAUGAGGACACGAAUGUAAUAGCUCCGCCAGCUGGUUUUAGAGAUAAUUCGCCAGUUCAUUCAUCUAUAGCUAGUCAAGAAAUUACAGACUUUUACAACAAUGAUGAUCAAAUGGAAAAUAUGGAAGAUAAAUUCAAUAGUGCGGGGGAUUUGCAAUUUCCUAAAGAAAUGGAAACAUGGUGUUUAUCCAAAGAUGACGAAACAUAUGAGUCACCAAUGCGAUCGGCUCCUUGGGUCAUUUCACAACGGGCACAUACUAAUUUAGGUGCAAGACGCGAUAAGUUGUGCCAGUUCAAGUUUGUAAGGAAAAAGACGUAUAGGCCUUAAAUGAAAGUGAUU